ACCAAUAGCAAUAUUCUGAUUAGAACCACGUUUUCUCAUAGAAAACAAAUCUUAAUCUGUCUAAUGGCUGCUACAUUUUUGCGAUUUACGUGUGUGGCAAAUUAAAUUUUCUUUGCUAAAUUAUUAUUUGGAAGCUAUAAACUGUGUGUUGACCGAGUACCUAACGUGUGAUUUUCUCAUAAGAUCAGAGAAAACAUUCGUCUUGGAGAGAAUUUGACGUCUUAAUCCGAAGUCCAUUUUAAGUCAUUACUGAAGAGUAUCAAGAUUGAAGACACAAGAAAACAAUGCCAAUUUAACGAAACAUACUUUUAACUAGAACACUGGACAUUGAACAAGAAUAAUUUAUCAAAAGUCUGAUAUGACGGAGGUAACAGAACCUCCCACCAAAAAGCCUAAGAUGGCAGAAGCUUCGUUAGAAAAUUUCAUAGAAAAUAUCAAGAAUUCAAAAAAGAACCUCAUGGCAAUCCUAAGCGAUGAAUUCACCAAACCUACUCAGUUUACACAAGUUUACGUUGGCGGCGUAAACAAUGUCCAAGAUUUAUCUAAGAUUAUAAUGACUUUGAACGAGAAAUUGCCUCUUAAAGAACUCCAGCACCUCAAAAGGGCCCGCAAACAUGAAGUUAUCCUGUGCUCCGUACAAUAUUUGAAUACGCAAACACAAAAAACUAUUCAAGAAUACAUCAAAGAAGAUGUAUAUGAACUAAAGGAUGCGUUUAAAUAUUUCAAAGUUACGAGUUUGCCUGCAGUGCCACCGAAACUAAAGAAACAACAACAAGAAUUCAGCAGAGUUUGGUCCUGUAACUUUCAUCCUAAUGCAUAUCUAGAGAAAUUGUGCGGAGACCAAUUCUUUUCAAUAAAUGAACUUAUAGAACAUCGGUGUUACAUGGCCAUUGCGUUUGAAGUAGCCAAUUAUUACUUAAGUAAAUUAAAAGACAAUUUAUUAAUGUCCGAUGUUUCCGAGAGCAAUGUUAAUGCUACUGUAGUGGUAGAUCCAACAAUAAAGUCAGUAGUAGCAAUUUCUUAUGAUAAUAGAGAAAACCAUCCAACCCAACAUUCAGCCAUGCUAGCCAUAGAUAAUGUAGCGAAAACUCAAAAUGGCGGCGCGUGGAACACAGCUGACAAGUCGGGAAUAGACAAUGAGUUGCAGAGUCACAUUAAAAAAAAGUUUGCAAACGUCAAAUUUGGCACCAGAAAUUAUUUGACGAAGGAGGUUUUGAAUGAACAGAAGAAAAAUGCUUCGGAGAGCCCGUAUUUGUGUACUGGGUAUUAUGUUUACAUGAUUAGGGAGCCCUGUGUCAUGUGUUCUAUGGGUUUAGUCCACGCCAGGGCGAACAGGGUAUUUUUCUGCUUUAAAAAUAACCUCAAAGGAGCACUAAGUUCUAAAACUAAGCUACACUGUGUGCCAUCAUUGAAUCAUCACUUUGAAGUGUUUACAGAAUUUUUAUAGAUAAUUUUUUGACGUAACUAGACAUUUUUUAUUUUUGUAAUUUGAUUUUUUAAUGAUGUGAUCAAUAAAGUUUGUCUAUAUUUUGAA